AGGUAAGAUGCGCUUGUAUUCAAAAUCUGUAAACGUCAGCAAUCUGUAAAAUUCAAACAAGCUGUAGCUAGCUAGCUGUAAAAUACAAGAUGGAGACCAUCACUACCAAGGUCCAAGGACUGACUAUCAAUAAGGAGAAUGAGGUACCAAGCAAACACGUUGUCGGCAAACCCCUACCAAUGAUAUCAGAGGAGGAAGGUCGUGAUCCGGUCCCCAAGCCAAGCACUGUACUACAGCCUCACAAUGGGACCAGUAAACAUACGGAGGCUAUAAAGAAGGAGGAGUCCCCCAAAGAGGAAGAACAACAGUCGAGAAGAUGGUCUCUCAGUGACUUUGAUAUUGGAAAACCUCUCGGAAGAGGAAAGUUUGGAAGUGUGUACCUGGCUAGAGAGAAGAGUAGCAAGUUUGUAGUGGCUCUAAAGGUGUUGUUCAAGGCACAGCUACAACGAGCCUCCGUGGAACAUCAGCUGAGGAGGGAGAUAGAAAUACAAUCACAUCUUAGGCACCCACAUAUUCUGAAAUUGUUUGGUUAUUUCUACGACUCUACGCGUGUGUACCUGAUUCUCGAGUAUGCCCCGCGUGGUGAACUGUAUAAAGAACUCAAGAGAGAAACUAAGUUUGAUGAGAAGCGAACAGCCACAGUGAGUACAAUAAUUAUGCUCACAAUACAGCCACCCUCUAUACACUGGACCCCUCCCCCUCCUCUGCAGUUCAUUGCCCAGCUGGCUGAUGCUCUGGACUAUUGCCACUCCAAGAAGGUGAUUCACAGAGACAUCAAACCUGAGAACCUGCUAGUGAACACAAAGGGUGACCUGAAGAUAGCUGACUUUGGUUGGUCGGUACACGCUCCCUCCUCCCGCCGGAACACCCUCUGUGGUACGCUUGACUACCUCCCCCCAGAGAUGGUGGAGAACAAGACACACGAUGAGAAGGUGGACCACUGGGGUCUGGGAGUGCUCUGUUAUGAGUUCCUGGUUGGCAGCCCUCCCUUUGAGGAGAAGAAUGCACAGCUCACAUAUGCCAGAAUAUCAAAGGUGGACUUAAAGUUCCCCAGCCAUGUGUCAGAGGGAGCUAGGGACCUCAUCCGCAAGUUGCUGAGACACAGUCCUCAUCGACGCCUCCCAUUGGUCGAUGUUCUCACCCACCCCUGGAUAAUUGCUAAUGCCGACUCAGCAAGAUUGCCUCGUAGGAAAACCACGCCCCCACGUUCAGACUCUCAGAGCUAGUUAACUAGCGACCGUGUGUCUGUGUUACUGUUUGUACUUCCUCAAAUACUUUUUAGCUUUAAUUAUUGUAUUUACUUGUUCAAUUAUUGUGUUACAUGUAUAAUGAAUUUCAUAUGUAAAAAGAAUUGUUGUUGAAAGAA